GCGGGAACAGAGGGGGGAUACAAAACGCGUAAACAGAGAGUCAACAUGUAAACAGGCCACUCGCGAGACAAACAACGUGGGGGCCGCGGGCUGUUCACCGAACGAGGCAGCCAGGCUCUCGCCUGUUCGUACGUUCGUUCGCUCGUGCGUUCUCUUUGGCUGGCAUUCGUGUGUGCUUCGUUUCCGUCCGUCGGUCCGUCUGUUCUACUCCGGUCCCGCGUGUUAGCUCUCCGGCGUGUGUCGGAUUUAUCGAAUCUCGUGGCGGCGUCCGUCGACGUGGGUACCGGCGUGUUCCAGCCGAGUCAAGUGAAGCAUCGAUCGCGGUUGCAUCGCGUUUCAGUUGUACGGAUAACGCGCGGCCGAUAACGGCUGAAAACGCGACGAUCGAUCGAGAAACUAAUUUGUUUCCAUUUUCCGGCCGUGUGAUUCAAGGUUGAAAUGAUGUUUUUGGAGAACCGUCUGCCCUGUCGGUCUGUCGUUCAGUGCACGUGAUUUUCCCUCCACCUGGAUUUGACGUGGGACGUGUGAUCGCGAUGCGAUCGUGAUACUGAUUUGCAAGAAUGUGACUCGUGCCACCGAUAAAAGCCAAGCUCCUUAUUGCUAAUACUUUUGAAUAUCAUUUGAUGUGAGACGGUAUAAAGUGAAACGUUUGUUGCGCUAGAUACUAAUAAUAUUCAUUAAGGAUCGAUUAAUUGUGGAAACGAAGUUUUGCGGAGACUACAAAGGUUUGGUACUCUUUGUUUACUCGUGUCGCGCUCAUCCUUGUUCGUAGUUCAGUGGACUGUUAGUGUCGUGUUGAUAGUUUUUGUUCUUCGUCCCGACGAUUAAACGUGGUUUCGCUCCCGCGUUUGCCUCGAUAAGCGGAAUGCUAGGUAGUUUCCUCACGAUGAUGCAAGGUUCUGCCGCGUACCGUGUUACCGGAAAAUCGAUUAAUGUUCGUUCGUGCACGUGAAAAUCGAGGCAUCGUCGAAACUCGAUAUAGCAGGGUAGGGAGAGAGAGAGAGAGAGAGAGAGAGAGAGAAAGAGAGACAACAUUCCUCCGUGGAUCGUCAACAGGUGUACACCUUAAUGAUACACCGAUGAGACGAUGGAGAUUGCUGUUAACAUCCGUGUACACUGAAGAGGAGGUGCUCUGGGGUCUCGCGUGAAUCAUUAGUUUCUUGCAGCGGUUCGCUACCACGUGAGUCAGUGGUGUAUACUUCCCAGGCUUCUGAGACAGAGUGACAUGGCUUGUUAAUGGACACAUCGGUGAGAAUCCGUUCGAUAACGGUUCGUGGGGAAAGGAACAGUUCCAACCAUCGACAGUUCCUUGGCAGCUGAAUCCGCGCGGCCACGCUCGUCCCAGUGACGAUGGCAUAAUGGAUCAUGACACAGACGGAGACGGCGCGAUCAACUUGUCAACGUCACAGCGACCCUCCGCCGCCACCACCCCUAACGGUGACACCCCCUCAUACGGGCAAGAUCAACAAGACAACGACCAGGCUACUUCGCUGUUUGCAGCCCUGAAGCAGCAGCAACAGCAACCACGCGACAGUAUUCCCUCGUCGAGGGAACGCGAGAACCGAGAACGAGAUCGGCUGCCGGUACGUAGCCGCGAGAACAACCGGAAUGAGAUAGGUGGCGGCGUGACCGAACAAUCGCAGCAACCACAGCAACAGCAGCAGCAACAGGAACUCACGAUCGAGUAUCAGAGCAAUGGAAAGCUCAGUCCCGCUGGACACACAGUGACAGCAGCACCCAUGACCCAGCAAAAGCAACCUAUCAUUACGCAGCAAUCGCAACAGCCGAGUUCGGGGGCGCCUGGUCCCCAACCGAGUCCUCAUCAAAGUCCACAGGCCCCUCAGAGGGGUUCGCCGCCGAAUCCUUCGCAAGGUCCUCCACCAGGAGGGCCGCCAGGGGCACCACCCUCGCAAAACCCCCCGCAAAUGAUGCUCAGCCCGGCUAGCGGCAUCCAUCAGAUGCAACAGCUGCUCCAACAACACAUACUCAGCCCUACUCAACUGCAAUCAUUCAUGCAGCAACACUCACUCUAUUUGCAGCAACAACAACAGCAACAUCAUCAGGACUCUUCGUCGGAGCAUGCGUCCAAUCAGGAACGAUUCGGCUACUUUUCGUCUCUAAAGGACCAUCAACACCAGUUUGCGGAGCUAGGCAGGAAGAAGUUGGAGCAGGCGAUACAGCAACUGCAGGAACAAUUGCAGCUUAAUGUCAUUCAACAGACGCAUUUGCUACAAACGGCUGACAAAAAGAAGGCGUCUGCGCCGCUUCAACAAUUGGCGCUUCAACAGCAACGCCUCAUACAGCAGCUACAAAUUACGCAGAGCCAAUACCUUCUUCAACAGGGUCUGGGUCUUCAGGGUCACAAUCCUUCUUCAGGUCUUCAACCUGGCGAAGGUCUACCAAUGUGGAAAUCGGACACAUCGGAUGGUCCGGAAUCCCACCAGAACUCGAACGUUCCAAAAUCCGUGGCUGGACUCAAUGGACUUCUCAAUUCGACAGUGUCGAGUCGGCGGUCGGAGAUGAACGGAACCACUCCUCUGGACGAGAAACCGCUGGAUGUUUCCUCCAACGACAAGGUUCAUCCCCUGUACGGCCAUGGGGUCUGCAAGUGGCCAGGCUGUGAAGUUAUUUGUGAAGACUAUCAAGCAUUCCUUAAGCACUUGAACACGGAGCACACGCUGGACGACAGAUCGACGGCGCAGGCCAGGGUUCAGAUGCAAGUUGUCUCGCAGCUAGAAAUUCAGUUGCAGAAGGAACGGGACCGGCUAACUGCCAUGAUGCAUCAUCUGCACGUGGCGAAACAAAUGGCUUCGCCCGAACCACCAAAGUCCUCCGAGUCAUCGACGGGUUCGAGUAUACCAAAGUUAAAUCUCUCAACCGCCCUAAUGAGCCAACCACCGCCGAAUUUCGGCGUCUCUCAAGUGUCUCCAGUCUCAAUGUCUGCAUUGGUGUCGGCGGUCAGGUCGCCAGCAGGUGGACAGCUGCCACCUUCCGCAGGUGGUGCGCCUAUGCCACCUAUUCCCAACAUGUCAAACAUGUCUGGGAUGCCACCUUUGCCGAACAUGCCAGGUAGCAUGCCUACGAUGCCAACGAUGCCAAGCAUGGCAGGGCCCAUCAGACGACGUAUCAGUGAUAAAUCCGCUCUUUCCUUGGCAGGAGGACUGUAUGACGAGGGCACUGUAAGGCGCAGAGUAGCCGUCGAUAGAUCUGGAAUAGAUAUUAACGAAGAAAUUCAACGAAAUAGGGAAUUUUACAAGAACGCCGAUGUCAGACCGCCGUUCACGUAUGCAUCAUUAAUCAGACAGUCGAUCAUCGAGUCGCCGGAGAAACAAUUGACGCUGAACGAGAUCUACAACUGGUUUCAAAACACAUUCUGCUACUUCCGGCGCAACGCAGCAACGUGGAAGAACGCGAUCCGCACCAAUCUAUCAUUGCACAAGUGUUUUGUGCGCUAUGAGGACGACUUCGGGUCAUUCUGGAUGGUGGACGACGCCGAGUUCGUAAAGCGGCGGCAUCUGUCCCGCGGCCGCCCCAGGAAAUAUGACCCAACCCCAUCACCCACUCCACCCCACCUCUCCGCACAGGGUGUCCCGUCAAAAAGUCCAACCCUGACGCACAGCCCGACAAUGUACGGUGACGCAUUAAAUGCCAAUCUCCAGUAUUUCCAGGCGGCACUCGGGGACUCUAAUAUGGGAUUUCUAAACAACUCGAUGUGCACGUCGACGACAACGAGUCCCGAUAAGGAGCACGUGUUAGCCCAUAACGAUCUAAUGUCACCGUUGGAUGAACCAGCCGUGCACAUAAAGCAGGAGGGUCAGAGCCCGGAGGGGGGCAAGCUCACGAGAUUAAUAAAACGAGAACUGGUUGACGCGCCGGCGGAGCAAGAGGGUGAAGAGGAUCAGGUGGACGAGAGGGAGUAUCCCGAGAGUCACGGGCACGAUUCAGGACAGGACGAAGACAUGGCCGAGGACCUGUCGAUGGCGCCCGACAUAAUGACCCCGGAAGAUCAGAUCGAGGCGUAGUAUCGUUCCUCGAGGAACGAAUAGGUUCGAGCUGUCGCGUCGAAGUACGAUCGUGAUGGAAGAACGAGAAGAAGUAGCUUCUCUUCCUCGUCGAUCGAUGGCCAAGACCAGGGAAGCCAGAGGCGCGAAUAAUAAUAAUAAUACUAAUAAUAAUAAUAAUAUGUAAGAUGAACGAAGAGGGAAAAAGGAAGGUGUACGAAGAAGUGAAGAAGGAAAAAAAAAUUGACGAAGAUGAAGAAGAAGAAGAGGAAGACUCCGAAGAAGACGAUGAAGGCCCCUAGGACCACCCAGCCCUCCACUCCUCCUUCGUAAGAGAAUCCCCAUUUAUCAUAUCCAAGGCCGUGAUACGUUUUAUCGAGCGGCCCUUUAAAGGUAAAGGCAAAAGAGGAAGAAAGAAUUAAAAAAAUUAAAGAAUAUGAAACGUACUACUACUGUGUGCGUGAUCGAUCGCGACGAAACGUCGAAACGAGAAUCGGCGAAUAUCGUGAUAUAGGCGGCGCGAUCAUUCGAUCCAUAUCCUUACUCAAGCAAUUGCGAACAACGAUUGUAUUUUCUGUUCUUCAAUUCCGUUUCAUUUCGGAACCGCGUAUAUAUCUCUAUAUACAUAUAUAUAUAUAUAUAUAAAAUAUAUAUACAUAUACAUAUAACACUCUCUCUCUCUCUUUCUCUCUCUCUCUUUCUCUCUCUCUCUCUCUCUUUCUCCUUCGUGUACAUUGCAUUAGCCAGUAAACCGAAUAAGGGCGAAAAGAAACGAAUUGCAUCCGCGAUCUCGCUCAUAACGUCUCGGCGGAUAAUGUUAAUCGAUAAUUCUUUAACGAACACACGAGAAAAAGAAAAGAGGGAAGACAGUGCUAUCUAUAGUCCCCGAGUAGUCCUCGCUCGUUUUCUACUUUCGUUAUCGCGCCGGUGCUUACGUGUACGACUGCGUUUCUGCGUGUACUAAUCGCGUCUAUCUAUUUUUUGGACCAAUUCGAAGAUACAGUAGAUCCAUCCUGAUCGAAUAAAAAUUAAUUUUAAAAUUAAGAAGACAGAUCACGUAAAGAUCUCUACUCUUUAUGGGAGAAAUCACGUUUGACUUAGUCGAAAUUUAUUAGUUGCAAAAAAGAAAAAAAAAAGAAAUGAAAAGGAAAGGAGAAAAAGAGACGCGUUGAAUGGAACACGCAGAACGUCUCAAAGAUAAUAAUAAGAAUGGCGAACAGAUAGAGAAGGCUGGAAUUAAGUUUAAGGAAUAAAUAACGAAGCUGUGGUGAUAGCAGUGUUCUGGGUACGCGCGGGAGUGACUGACGCUUUAGUCUUAAAUAUAUCGUUCGUGGUAAAUUAGGAAUUUCGCGAGUAUCAAAAGUCCUCCGACGUGAUUCUAAAGGAAAAGGUACUUUCCCUUAUAUCAGACAACCUAAGCUUAAGAAAAACGUGUGCCGAGUAUGAAACACGGCCGCGAUCCCGGCGUACUCGUUCGCUGCUCUGUUGCUAAUCACUGUAUAGUUUAGGGGAAAUUAAAUGUAAGUAGUGUCGUAAACGAUCGGCGAUCAUAGACGUCGAGAUAGAACGUACACGCUCGUGCUAACGAUUUUCAUCAUUUUACCCAUUAGAUAUUUCAUCGUUCGGACCUUUCAAGGGAUAAAUAACGAGUGAUUGAAAAUAAAAUAAAUUAAAUAAAAAAAAAAAUCGAUCGAGCGAUGAUGAAAGUUUAGUAAACGAGAUCGAGGACGGUCGAGGGGGCAAACGAAAAAUGAUGGGAUAAUAAUAAUAAUAAAAAAAGCAAAAAAAAUGAAGAAAGCGGAUGCCGUGUGUGGACGCACUUAUAAAUAAAUUAAAUUAUCAUGUAUGCAUAUACAUAUACAUAUAUUAAUACGUAUACGUAUCUCGGAAAUUAUAAGGAAAUUAGAUGUCGAUGGCCCUGUUCUCCGUUUUCUAUCCAACAGAUCCUUGAGACAAACCCUCAUUGAACCUUAACCUUUCCCUAAACCCGCGUAAUCAUGCUCGGUUCCGAAUUUUUAGGAAAUGGGACUGCGUCCAAUUUUCCUGGACGGUAACUGUCGCGUCCAAAAAUCGAAAGAACGAGGAAAAUAAAUGUUUGGGGGGCCGUUACUCGUCGAUCUUCGAGCCCCUGGAUACAUACACGUUCACACUCACAAACACACACGCGCAUAUACAUAUACAUAAACAGAGAAGUUUAAACGAAAGCGUGCUCAGGUCGGUACGAAAAGAAAUUUUUGCCGAAGGCAACUCGUUCGCGAGUCGCCUGCUAUCGAAUCUAAUUUAUUAUUUCAAUGGUCGUUGACGUCACUAAAUGUAUGUAAAAAUCGUGCGUGCCGUUUUUAAUAGCGUCGCAGCGACCGGGAGACGAUCGUGUGUGUGAUAUUAUUCCGUUCGACCUGUAGCCAUAUAUACACGGAUGGUCUAUACGUUUGUUUGUAAUAUUUUUGUAAAUUAAUUCGUUCCCGGGAACGUGUAGAUAGGUUUAGAAGAAUCGGGGAUCCGUUACAUUGUCAGGGUAUUAAUUGCUCGACGUAAGAGACUCUUCCUGAGUCGCUGUGGCGAUUUGUGUUUAGCGUGUCAGUGACGAAGAAUCGCGAGAAAAAAAUAGGAUAGGGGGCGGGGGGGGGGGAGGAGUGUUCGAUCGUUCUCAGCAUUUAUCGAGCGACAGUAAUCGUAAAAAUCCCAUCGAUCGAUAUUGUCUUUCUGAUAUCUUUACCGUUUUAUUUUCGUUAGAAAGAUAUUAAUCUCGAGACGUCCAUAUUAGAUCGACUCUAAUUAGUAAUAUUAGCACGGCGAGAAGCAUCGUGUCAAUUUUUUAUUAGCUCGGAAUAAAAUUCGUUCAAUUUAUUUCAAACUCAUCGAUCGUGUCGCUCGAUUAUCUGGAAAUUAAACGAGACACAGUAGUCGCGAUUAUAGUUUCGUUUUUCUUUCUUUCUUUCUUUCUUUUUUUUUUCUUUUUUUCUUUCUUUGCAAUUUGUCGAUUCGUUCAUUCCUGCGUGUUAGAUACUCUGUCCAUUCCUCAUGUAACAUAGUUAGCUUUUAGGACAAAAGUUAAGUUUCGCCCACGCGUAUUAUUUCAUAAUAAUUGCCCUGUACGAGACAUCCUUCGAUUUUCUAUUCUAAUCCGGAUCCAUCAUCAUCAUUCGACAUCCGUAACUCUCGUUCGCGAGUGAUCAGACAGUCUGAUUAGAGAGAGAAAGGGAUCAAGCGUGGAACGAGCGUGUAUGCGAGUGUGUGUAGUUGUCGCGUGCGUCAUCGAACAUUGGAUGCCAAAGAAAACGAAGACGUUAGUGAAAAAUAAGAGAAAAUGUAAUAGGGAAACAGUGAAAAAGAAAAGACGUUUAUAAGAGAAAAGUGUUCAUGGAGAAAGUGAAAUGUAUCGCGUAUGACCGGUGCCGUUUUGGGCUCGCUUUCACGUAAUGCUACUAUUACUAAUCUAAGACUACAUGUAUUGUGUAUAAUGGAUUUAAGGACACGAUAUAACAUAGAAAGACUCUCCUGUAAAUAGUUGGAAGAAAAAUGGAACAUUGUCGAGGCAUUAGGGAUUUGCGAAUAUUGCGUCACUCUGCGAAUGAAUGAGUUUAUCGAUAGUGUGCUAUAUAAAAGUCUAUAUAUAUAAAUAUAAAUAUAAUUAUAAAUACACACACGAAGGAACACAACACACUAUACACACGUACAAUGCGUUGCGCGUAUCUCCCGGCUGCAUUUAAUUUUUAUUUUUAAAGUCACGAAUUUCCGAAGAAAAGAAAGAAAAGUGAAAAACAAAGAAAAAACGACGACCGUUGUUGAUUCUCACGAGCUGGCAGCUCGAACAGAAGACACUUUCUCGUUUUAUCGUAUCACGAUUGGUCGUGUCGCGAAUAAAAGAUGAAUGGUCAAGCGAAAUAAAAGGAGAGAGAGAAAAAAAAAAGAAAAGAAAAGAACAAAGAAAAUUUAUGAAAAGAUGGAGGACGUUUGAUCGAUCGAUUUCGUAUAGAUACGAAGUUAUUUAAAGUCGAUUCACGUAGCACGAAGAUCGUGAUUAUUUCAUUUCACGAAUGUUUCUUUUUUUUUAUGUAUAGUAGCCGCUGUUACCUUGCGAAUAAUUCUAUAUUGUACAUGUUUAAACGUUCCCUGUUAUGUUUGUUGUAUAUUUCGAAUAGGUCUGUAAAGUAAAGUGAAUUAACGAAUGUUCGAAUUUUUUUGUACGGCCGUAGGAAAGACGGGAUUUAGCGUUACUAUAUUCACUGGUUCAUCGAGAUCUUCACAUUUUAUCGGCCAGAUAAUACUUCGCCUAGCGAUUUAUAUUUCUUUGUUUUUCUACGUCGAUAAAUGAAAAAGAUGAAUCUUUUCGUCGCGUUCGUUGUGUUACGAAGUAAUGACGAACCAGCGCGAUCAUAUCAAAUUAAAGGUAUCGAGUGAACAGUGCUGAAUCGAUAUUUUCGUUCGCUGAAUGUUUCUUUCGUAUAGAUUCGAACGCUUUAUAUAGUAGUUAUAUAAAAAAGAAAAAAAAAAAGAAUACGGUAUCGCUAUUUUCUACAAAAAAAUCAAUUCGCGAAUUGAAAUCAUUGUUUUAUAAAGUGUUCCCCAUUGCGUGUGUUCACUUAAAAUUUCCGCGAAAAAACACAUGGCCGAAUGGAAAUUGCUUGGAUCAUUGGGACAUGCGAAGAAAAAUCUAUUUUUUAAUAGAAGAAGAAAAAGUGGAAAAAGUAUGAAAAAACGACGUAUACAGGAAACGCGUUCGAGUUUAGAACUUUCUUGUUCCUCGAACGAUUUUUCGAAUUGUUCAGUAUUAUCCUGUGCCGUAUGAAAAACGAGGAAGUUCUUUAUAAAAAAAAAAAAAUAAAAAAGAAAUCUGCAAAGAUCCGUGCUCUUUAGCUCAUUUGAAAAUUUCUAGGAGACCCUAUCUGUCUGGAUUUAUUUUAUUAAGUAUUGUAUAAUAAGUUGCCUUGUAAAAAUGUACCGAUUUUACCGAGAAAUUAAAUGUGUUACUAAAAGAAAA